UAGACCUUCAAUUCGUGUGGUGCUGUUGGAGCCUUAAAGACAGAUUUUUAAAACUAAACGACAGUUUGCAGAAAAUCGUUUCUUCCGAGAUACCGACCGCAGCGAAAGCAGCUUGGAGAAAAACCGUGGCUACUAGAAAUAACUAUAGAUGACCCAAGGGACUCCACUGCUCUUGGUUAUUGUUCAUUUGUUGUGGGUAAUAAACUGUGCCGGUAGAAUAACUCUCGUGUGUUUCGCGGCUUCAUCCGUCGUCGAGCAGGACGACCGUUUGCACACCUUAGCUCAGAUCACGAAAGAAGCGUUGGAUAAGAAGAGUAACUGUUCUGAAAUGAAACAAUUCUUGCAGCGUUUGACGUAUUGUAAAGUGAAAUUCGAAGUUUGUGGUAUGGUGACGGUAGAUAAAACACUUUUAUCAUCGGCCGUAAUCAUCGUCAUUUCGUACUUGGUAAUAGUCUUGCAAUACAACUACAGCUAAAUCACAGUGAACUAGUCAACAGUAAACAUGUACCGGUUCAAUUCUCACGUAUAUUUACGUUUAUUCAAAUUCAUUGUUGGUCGUCAUUAUCAUACAUACACACACACACAUACACACACGGUUUUAUUAACUUUUCGUUCGUUAUUGUUGUUACUCGUAUGGGCAUUACUAUUUGAACGGUUAGGUUGUUCACAACAUAUUUUUCGUGAAUUGUAUGUGGAUUUUUUUUUUCAUUUUUUUCUAUUGUGACUCUCAAAUAAAAAUUAUUUUAAGUAUUUUACAAAAAACGUUCUUACAUAUCACCUACAUGAUGCAUGUUAAGAGAACUUUAAUUUUUCAUCGUGACACACUGACCCGAUACUAACCGCUAUUUAACUGUUUUUAGACACUACAAUAUAAUUCAUUUAAAAAUUUUAAUAUUAUAA